AUGUUGGGCAUCAGAAGUAUUGCGAGAGUCAGACCUCAACCCGCUUCUUACUUGCUUUCCAGAGGAGCUCCUAAGAUUGCUCUCUCCAAAAGAACCUACGCUAACGCUAAUGAGGUAGAUAUCACCAAAAUCCCCUUGAAGCAGCUCGGAUGCUUUGCUGAGUUUUACGUUCCACCAAGAUUGAGAGACUGCCCUGUCACGUCAUGGCACAGACUUGUGAUUAGAAGAUUCGCUGCAUUUGCCAUGAACACAUUUAGUGUGUAUCGUUUCAGAAAAGACACUAACCUCAAAUUGCAGUUUAAUGACUGGAAGGAGCGUACCGUGGAGGAAUACGUCAAGACUAAUAAGAUUUUUGCCAAGGCAUGCUCCCUUCGGAAGCAGCAUAGAGAACCUUUCAUCAAGGAACAGCUUGACGGCGUGGCUGGUACUCAUGUCAUCCAAGCUUUGUCCCGUAGGGUCCUGAAGUUCCCAGCCAACACGAAGGUGAACUGGAAUCUUCUCAGUAUUGAAGAGAACCCUAAGGUUAUUUCGGUUGCUCCUAUCCCUAAUAAGGACGAAGUCACUGCUCUUCUUCAGCUUGUCACUAAGGUGAAGACCAAGCAAGAGAUGAUCGUGGAUUCUAACGGUAAGACUGACAAGACUGAGAGGGUCGUCACAGACUACUUGGUCAGUACGAUUGACCCAUUCACUAAAGAGCAGCUCUUGGUGGGCUCUCUCUUUGAAUCUGACCACAUGAGAGGAGUCCAGCCUGAGUUUGACCCCAAGGACGUGGGUGGCAUGAUGGCCUUCCAAAAGAGGGCUGGUGACAUUUACCGUGAACCACCUAAGGCCAUUGCCAGCAAUUAA